AUGGAGUCCGCGGCGAAACCAACAGAUGCGCUGUUGGCAUCCGAGCACCGUAUGCAGACUAGAUCACAAACUCGUGGUCAACAAGCACCACAGACGACAUCUUCAGCGGAGAACAGCGGCGACAUAACUUAUCUGUUCAUUUUCGCAAAUAUGAAGUCCAUCGGGUCACGGGAAUAUUUGACGACCGGAACUGACCAUGUCGUCCUGACAGCCUCCGUCUUCGACUUUGCUCAGCACAGGAUGGAGCAGGAGGCAGCCGCGGUGUCUCCAGGUCCACUCCGUGCACGGCAGCUCCUACGACUGCUCGCUGAUGCCCAGCCAGAGAACAGGGAGCUGCGUAAUCUUGUCCGCCAGGCCCUCGAGAGGAUUGGUGGUGGGGGUCCAGACCUUCAGAGGAUCAAAGCGCUUGCGGGCAAGAAUCUCGCCCAAGAUGCAACCUCUUACGAUAGCGAAGCCCAACAAGCCCAUGAUCUGGUAAUACAGAGCCGGUCGGAAGGAAAGGCAACGCAUCGACCUUGGCCACGAUUUUUUGAACAGUGGACCGAGGCCAAGUGCGCUAUGUGGAUGACACGGUACAUGCAAAAGUGGCUAAGAGAGAUUAUUUGGGACGAGGAGAGGGUGGCUGAUGAGAUGGGCGGGAAGAAGGGAGAGGAGACAAGCCCGAUCUCUUGUCGAACUAUUUCUGCUCAGGAGACACAGGCGCAACGACCGGUAGUGGCUGCGCCUAAAGUGACAGCAACAACCAUGUUCACAGGCAGAUUGGACACUGAGGCUGACAAUAACUUGGCUACUCACUAUAGCCAGUCGAAGGCCGACUUGACUUUGGGAGAGGAGCAGGUGGGCGCGGCCAAGACAGCCAUUUUCACACUCCCUGCCUCUACAUCUGUCCACAUGCAACAGCUGAAGGCACUCCCGGUGAGACCGUUCGCCGACUCGGUCCGAGAACAGCUUGAGAGCGACAUCGACCAGGGAAGCGCCAAGAGCAAGGACAUGGCGAACAGCGAAACCAAGGAGAAACGCGUUCAACUUGGCCCACAUUCAGGAAAUCCUUCUGAACCUCAGCAGAACGACCUAGGACAGCAUAGUCCCGAGCGUUGGAGUCUUGAGCCCCAGUCGCAGCAUCGAGCUACAUGGCAGCCCGAUUACUUUGAGCCCAAGGGACCGAGAUCAGAUACCAGGGAUCGUCGUGUCGGUUUCUUAUUGACGUCGGCCGCCGACGGCAGCGAAGGCUACCGGUAUGCCUAUAUCGAACGGUUCUGGGAAAAACGCAGACGGGUUCUAGUCGCGAUUAAUUUCAGCAAUCUCACGCCUCAGGAGCAGCGCGAGGCCCUGGCAGGAAUAAGCGUGGACGGUGUUUGUAAUGAGAACUUACUCGCCGAGGCUCAGCGGUACUCUGGGUGGCUAGGCGUGGUCAGACACCCUGACGACGACAACCCUGUCCCAGGAUGGAUUCGCGAUGCAGAACAAUAUCGGGCAAGGAGACUAGGACUGCCCGAGCCCCAGUAUCCAAAGAGGGUACAAGGAAGCUUUGGAAUGUUCAAGAGAGUGCCAGCUAAAGAUAAAGAAAGUUAA